CCGAAUGCCAGUUCCAAUGCCAUUAACCACGACUGAACACCUUACUUAUGUAAGUCAUCUUGAGCUUGACAGAAUGUCGGAAAUGUUGGAUCCUGUUUGCAUACGCUUUCUACCAUCACUCUACUACGUUCAUCAGGGACACUACAAGUCGGAGAAUUUUUUUUAGACAAAUUUACUAGCUUAGUAUCGCGGUUUUGUUAGUUUGUACCACUUGGCGCGGCUGUCUCAUGAGUUGUGUUUAUUUUGGGUACGUACUUGAUCCUUAAAACCGUCGAGGCAUUAGAAGUACAAUAGUUGCGGGUUGUAUUAGUAUAAUGAUCUUCGCUAAGCUUCUAGUAAAUCAGUGCUAAAGAAACUUUAGAAAAACCUCGGCUCACCUCAGACGAUUGGGAGCACAGCAGCAGUUCCAAUCGAAGAGCCUCUACAGAGCUUGAGCGGAUCAUAGAACGGUCUCCAUAUGCGCCAAAGCUAGUUGUUAUUGCGUCCUAGUUUCACCAAGCAGAAGCAAUAAAGCGCGUGUGUGUCAUAGCUACGCUGUACUUGGCACUGAUCCAACAACGUAGUCUAGUUGCCUCGCGAACUGAUAGUAUGAAUCAACGGCACAUCCUGUUUUCAACCUUCAACGACUUUUUUAGUAGCGACUUUACUGUUUUUGUUCUGCCCUUCCAGCCUGGAGCCGAGCAGCUAAUUUUUUGACUGCGGCACCAAGAUUUACCCUUACAAGCGACCCGCUGCAGUGCUAUUAUUCAUAAUCACAUCCGCAACUCUAUACCGUGCGCAAGUUUGUUUCCUGAUUUUCAUCCGAUUUCGAUUUUUGUCUGAUUGAAAUAUAAUAUGUAUUCUCGAGCACGAGCCACAGAACAGUUACUUACUAUCUUCUACAGCAACCUAGCGCAGAACGAACCAGAAACAUCUUGAACGUGAUAGGAGCUUUUAUAGCCGCGUAGCUGCCAACAGUUUCUGGUUGUGUCUGAAUAGUUCGUACGUAGAACAAGUUGGUAAAGCCGUAGGGAUUUUCGACGUGAAUAAGGUUCGUUCGGUAAAGACUUUUUCAAGCAAGAACUCAUAUGCUUCUUUGCGACAGCGACUUGCCUCUUUCCAUUGCGAUAACUGCAGUGAGCAGUAAGAGAUCAUCUUCGACACAGUAGUUCGUGUUUCCUGACGCCAACGAAAACGACGACGACGUCUUAUCUCUGCCCAGGUUCAACGCAACAUCGAACUUCUUCGGCCCAACAACUGUGAGCUGCGACCACUCUCGGAGGCGGAAUUAUGUUGGCGCGACUAGUUGGGGUUGGUGUGAUUGAGACUGAGAAUACUAGCUACAUGCCGGGUCCUCGUGCGGGAAGACUAGUAAUUGAUGCGAAGGAAACAACACGCGGGGCCGAGCAAGUAGAGCGGAUCGUAGUUCAAGCUGGGAAUAGUCUUUUCGCAGAAACCACUCACCUACGACAACUCCGGAUCUGUAGAUUUGCGCACUCCACUGUCUUUGUGGACGACUUCUGUAAAUAAAACGCGAUCUUUAUUUGGGACCAACAUUGUUGGUGGUGCACGUCGACCAAGAAAAACAGCGGUGAAGAAGCGAUAUUUUUUGCGCAGAACUCGACUUUAUUUGCCGCCGAAGAAGAAUCUAUCAACGGGAACCUGCAAUAGUUAAAUUUUGCUGCAUCGCCGGGAGAAAGUAAACAGACGCCAAAGCAAUUAUUCUGGAAACAAGCGGAAAUAAUCCUCUUUAGCUGAAGAUCGCAUAGAAGAAAAAGUACGAUUUUGCUGAGAGCGACGCGGGACGUGUCCGACCGCAAAAAUCCUCAUCUGAGGGGGCUUUUCGCAAUAAAUCAAUAUGAGCAAUCUGAACGCAAAUGCGUCCGAGUUCGUGCCUGGCACCAGUGCCGGCACAGCAAGUCGGGGUCCACCAGCUAACGCUAAUGCAGCUGGGACGACAUUCUACAUAAAUCCGGGCGCUGCAGGUACUGCGUUGUGUUUUCGUGUAGUCGGAUGUAUGGUAGGUUUUUUUGCUGCAAAUAAAAACAAGCAACAUCGCCACCAUGUUGCUUAUGCGAGCAAGAGGACUUUAUUGUCUGUAUUCCACUCUUACCACAGAAGUUGGCAAUUUGCUGCAAGAUGAAAUCAAGCUAGCGUCGAAGGACAGUCCACGUAAGUAUCUCAUCGCAAGAUAUAAAUUUCUAAAAAAAUCACAGCAACAGGCGCUGCCGGGGGCCAAGCCGCGGCUCUGGCUGCGCCGCAAGGGUUGAUUCCGCUCGGGAGUGCAAAUCCCAGUCCAGUACGUGGCCCGGUACAACUUAAUAUGACGCAGUUGACGAAUGUGAGCAAUGCUGUGGCUGGACAACAACAGCAGCAACAAGCUGUACAGGGGCUGCGGGUUGAGGACAACAAAAUUUACCUCCCCCCAGAGAGGCUGAAAGACCUGAAUGGCGAGCAACUUAAACUGUUGAUGAGCGGACUUAAUAGAGGAAACGACACGUCGCAUAUCUCGUCGGGACAGCACUUCGGAGCAGGUGGUCAGCAACUGCAAGGCCAAAAUCAGGUGUCACUUAACCAGCUCACCGUAGCAGCUUUGCAAGACCCAAGUUUUGUCGAGAUGUACGCUAAACACGUUGCGCAGAAAGCGGACCAGCAGGGACAGAUUGCGGGCUCGAGAACAGCGUCUGGCGUCGCGGGUGCAGCCUUGUCUGGGUCGUCUCAACUUAUCAAUGCAGGGGGCGUGAACCUAUCAGUGCAGCAGCUGCAGCACAUGAUCAAUAGCGGUCAACAAGUGCAGAUUAUUCCCGCUUCGUCGAGCAGCCCCGCACCGCAGCCACAGGAGCAAAACAGGAGCAAAAUGCAAAUGGAAUUGCAAAAGCAAAUUUGGAAGCAAUUAGCCGAUCAGGGUGUAACUGCUGCAGAAGGGCAGGCAGAAAGGCAGACGCCAAAAACACUACUGGUCCCGAUGCCAAAGGACGCGCUACCGCAGAACGUGCAAUACAUCGUAACAAGAACAAGUGACACGCCUGGCGGAGCAUCUUCGGGGGCCGCCGCACUAGCAUCGUCCGGGCAGACCAGCUACACGAGUUCCGGGCAUCAUCAUGGCGCCGGAGCGCAAUUCAACCCCCAGAACAACAACAACGGGAUAUCCGAAGGACAAACGUUCCCACCUCCCCAUAGCCAAGAUGGCAGUUUGCUGCACAUGCUCAGAAGUUUCAGCUGUUUCGCAUUAGUAAUGCGAAACACUACAAGAUGAUUGAUCUCCGAUGCGACUGCACGACUAGCUAACCACGACAACUACACUAAAGACCACAAGUUGUAAUGAUUACAACUUGUGGUCUUUAGUGUAGUUGUCGUGGUUAGCUAGUCGUGCAGUCGCAUCGGAGAUCAAUCAUCUUCUCCUGUUUAGAGUAUGGCAAAUUCGUCCUAGGUAACUUUAGAUAGAAAAUGCUGUUGAUUAUGGGGCUGCGUAGGACAAUGAAACUUCUUUAGGCAUGCGCAUUUGCGUGCAAAUAUGGGGCGGGUACGUUUUUACUGAGGACACGGGGGUCUGCAACACUUCGGCGGGAAGAAUUCGCAGUACAGCAAGAAUAACACGAGUACCUCUAAUGUCGGAAAUAAUUCCCGCGGCGCCGUAAUUCCCCCGGAAAGCUUGUUGUUGCAACAGCCACAGCGAAAUUCCAAUGCUUCUAAUUCCGGUGGGCCACAAGCCGGAAUGAACCUGAAUAAUCAACAGCAGAGAGCAAACAAUUUCCAGCAACCUGGACGUCCUAUUGUGCGCGUUGGUGCGGAUAAACCGCCGCGCGCUCCGGGAAGCGGGCAACAAAGUAGCAAUUCGUGGGAAGACGACGCGACCGGGUAUGAGAACAAGGGUCUCCGUUACAAAGGAGGGUACAGCCACGACAUGUCCCAGGGCAGCAAGCGCGGGGCGCCCGCUGCUCGGCAUCCGUACAUCGUGCGUGUGCCAUCUCAUGGGGCGUCCGCUGCGCCCGGUCUCAGCAUUAGCACCGAGAAUAGUAAUCCAGCCGCUUUGUCCGGGAAUAACAGCAGUACGCAGGGGACACCCCAGCAAUACCCAGCGGGCACAGGCUCCAAGGGGGUGGGAAAGAAGGGGAAGUCUAGCGGGUCCGACGUCGGAUCUGCGCACAGCGGCCGAUAUCAUGGUGCGGACCACGCGGGUUACUAUGGCGCGUAUGGCCAGCAAGGGCCGCAUUCCGGAUGGAGUUCCGGUAUAGGAUACAUAUUGUUGAUUUCUCGUGAUUUUCUACUUUGAAUUUCAUUUAAUCGAUGAACUUCUACCGGAUCAGUGUACGCAUCUACGGUUGCAUGAUACCAAAGUCUUUACAUGUGUCACGGAAGUGCUAUUUUUGCAGUCUUUUUUGCUGAGGCUUAUGCCGAGACGUAGCUUUAACCACUACGACAAUGGAUUCAUGGAAUGAAAGAAUCGAUGGUCGGAAUAAACAGGAGAUGGCUACGAUGCGAAGGGGAGCAGCAAGGGAAACAACGCUGAGAAAGGCGGCCAGCAACAGCACCACAUGUCGAACGGCUACGCUUCCGGCGCGUACGGAACAUCGGCGGAAAAUAGUAUGAAGGGAGCCGUAGCGGGCGGAAAGAACCCGCAGGGGUACGGUGGCGCUUCCGCUGGAGCUAAGGGCACAAAGCAAACGACGACAGUUUUUCUGGAGAGCAGCGGCUGGGUGCAACAGAACCAAGGUGGCGCAUAUGUUCCCUACGGCACUAACGCGGGUGCCACCAAAGGUGCAUUUCUGAUGUUUUUUACUGGUUUUUUUACUAUUGUUUCCUCUGUACUACUGAAACGCGGGCACGCACACGCGCCUCUGGGUACUACUUUUGGCUUUUCUUUGUUGCUAGUUGGUUCCGAUUGAUAUACUAAACGUGAAAAAAAAAGCUCUUGAUCUUUCCUCACAGGUAGCAAGGCUCCUGGGGACAGUGGAUACAGCCAGUAUGGUUCGAAAAUGCCCGGCGCGAAGGGCGGCUACAAAGAAGGAAAACAGGACAACAGCUAUGGAAAAGGACAGCAUACCAAAGAAAACAACGCCCAAUCUGCGGCCACCCCGCAGGCUGCAACUACGGAUGAUUGGCUCGCCAGGCGACAUGCCAUGCCGCAAGACACCGCUGCUGUAAAAAAACCUCUGAAGAAGGAAAAGGCCGACAGUUCUGAAAAAACCGGCGAAGGUACAACAGCGGAGAAGGGGCCCGUGGACAAGGAAAGUGCAGCGAGUGUUUCGCCCGGAACAGAGGAGAAACGACAGCAGGCGCUGCAGGAACAGCUGUCCGCCGAAAUUACCACCACCGACAUCGCGGCGCUGGCGCCCGAGCAAGCGGCCCCCACCACAACUACCGCGGCGGCCACCGGCGAGGUCCACACGAGCGCCAAAUCCUCCAAGGAGAGCGCCGGCGGCAAGAACGUCAUCGUGGAAUCCGGCGGCACCGGAGGUGCGCAAUCAGACGAGGGGGGCUCGGUCAAGAUGAAUGGGUGGAAACAGAUGGAAGAGCAACAGUCCAGUGUCAGUGAGGAGGACGCCACUGGUAUGAUGUGAUCUUCUCAACCGACUGAUGUUUGCUGUCUGAUAAUUCCCUUGAAUGUGUUGAAUCUACGUCUGGUUUCCGCAUAGUGCUAUUAUACACUGCAAAGUAGGAUGAAGUUGUACUACGCUUAUAGACUAGCACUGCUCCUCCGUCUGCUGCUGCAAACAGUGCAUAGGUUCUUCUUGAUAAAAGGUGCUAUGGUUUUUGUCUACCGCACGCAAAUGAAAAUUAUGGUGCCGUCUAAAUCAUGGUCGAACUGCUUUUUUUUCGAUUCAGGUGGCGACCCCACAAAGCUGCAGGCCGAAGACUAUUACGUGCCCGCGACCAAUCCCUUUGGCGCCGCCGCCCCAGCGGCGGAAAACGAAACCGAGAAGAAGACCGGAUCUUCAACUCUGGUCCUUUCCCGGCUCGCGGAACGCAAGAAGUUGGCUGAAAAGGAGGAAAAAGAGAAGAAGGAGAAGCAGCAAGCCGAGCAGCACUGGAACCAGCAGUGGACGGAGCAGCAGUGGAACAGUUGGUAUGGGGGUCAGGGAUACAACGGCUACUAUUACAACCAAGGAUAUGGCGCUGCCCCGGCAGGUGCGAAGGGCCAGUACCAGCAAGGGAAGCCGGCUAAGGGCAAGGGGAAAGAAAAGGGAGUACCGAAAGCGAAGCCGCCCGCCGCACCUGCAGUAGUGAACUUAAAAUUUUUUCGUUAAUUUUGGUUGCGUGUCGAAUCAUGAAUAAAUGUCAAAGAAAAAAACUGAAAAUUAUUGGGAAUUAGCUUUCUGACGUCCGUUGUAAUCAUUGAAAUACUGCGUGUCGUGUAUGAACAACUUAGAACUUGUUCAACUUGAUGUUUUCUUGUGUACAACUACAGGGUGCUGCUUCGGCCGCCGCGGCCCCGGUCGUGGAGACGGCGAAGGCAAAGCAAGCGUCUAAGCGAAAUUGGGCCGACGACGCGGACGUCGACGACCCGUCGAAGUUGGACGAAUUGGUCGACGCGGAGCCGGAUGCCACCACCUCAACAAACACCAAGGCUGACACCACAACGGCGAAACCCGAAAAAUCCGCGAGCGCGAAACCGCCCGCGGCGCCCAGUCCGACCGAGAGCACGGUGCACCAGGCCAUCAGCACGGGAACUACCAAAGCGUCGAAGAAGGGUGGGCAGCAAAAUCAGCAGCAGGCCAGCAGCACCACGUCCACGACGCCAGUGGCAGCGGAUUCCGGUGAGAGCAGUAACACGGCCGCGCACAAGGACAAAGAGCACGCGGCCAACAGCAAAUGGGCGAGUGCAGGCAGCAAGCAGCAUCUGCACAAGGGCGAGCACAGCGGCGGCGCGCACCACAAGGGCAACUACAACAAACCCUCGCAUCCGACGCCACACCAGACGUCUCUCUUGGACUUCCUGCCCGAGCAAGUCAAGGCCGUGAAGCCAGAGACUCCGAAUGCGCAGAAGGGCAACGGAAAGUAAUUUUGUUGUUAUUUUCUAGAAGCAGGUUUUGGGUUCUUCUCCUCGUACGAGCGACACACGAGGAUCUUGCAGAAUAUGAAUGUAUUCAUCAUCAAGAAUGCCAUGCUUUACUACAUUCCUGCUGUGAACGCGAGACCGUUGACAGUGAUUGUUUUUUCUUUUCGUCGUCGUCGUCGGAUCUCCCCCCUCGUCGUCGUCCGCCGCUCGCCGGGUGCGGAGAUCCGACGUGGCAACGCGGAGGGGGACCUCGGCGAGCCGGCUGCUCCGGCAGCGAAAGGGGGGAACCUCUUGUCCACCCGGCCGGGUGGACAAGAGGUUCCCCGCGGCCCUCUUUUUUUAUUUUGUUACCCCGCUCUUACGAAAAAAAUCGCAUGUUCUGGCACUCGUAUCUCGUUCGUGCAUCCACUCUGCAUUUAUUGAUGCUAGACGACGUAGUCGUAGACUUAGCUGGAAGUGCCGUAGCCGGAAGCCCGAGAAGAGACUGGUCCACACUGAUGAAUCUAACACCACAGGGCCCCGAAGACAAAGAAGGAGAAAGCCGAUGCCGCGAAAGCGCAGCCUGGCGAGAAGCCGUUGAAGAUCGAGGACCAGGAUUCGUUCCCGUCGCUCGGUGCCGCUACCAAGGAAACGCCGAAGAAGGAGAUCAGCGGAACGACUUCCGAGGAGAAGAAAGCCACGCCCGCAUGGGGCGGCAAGAAGAACGCGACCCUCACUUCUUCCUCCUCCUCCGCGUCUUCUUCCACCGAGGCUUUGCAGCAACCAACCGCGGUUACCGUGACCGCGCCGCAGGCCAAUAACUCGAGCAAGCGCAUCCCCCCACCCUCGGCGCCGAAGCAGCCGACGACCGUGGUUGCCGCUGCUGCAGCUGCAGGUCCGGCGCCGACCGUCGUGGCGACCUCCUCUUCUACUUCGCGCGUGCUGCCCCCGCCGCCGGCGUCGGCACCGCCGGCAGAAAACGAGCAGGUCGCAGGGAACAAGAUGUCAUACGGUGCCGCCGUGGCGUCCAGCGGUUCCAAGUCCGCGGAACAACAGACCGUGGACCUGAUCCCCAUCACGACAAGCAAAUCCGUUGCCGAGGACCCGGUGAUUCCGGCUCCCCUCGCCGCGCCCCGCCGAGUGCCGCCGCACCAGAGCGAAUCCGAGCCGCCGUCGGGCGACAGCCACAGCACUUCGGGGGUGGCCAACACGGUGGACCACCACACCGCAAAGCAGGAUGCUCUGGUGGUGCCCAAGCCUUUACGCGUGGAGCUGCCGUCGACCGAAAAUGACCUCGAGUCGGCGACCACGGCUGGUGCAUUGACAACAGCAAACAAUCAGCAAGGUAUGGAAGUAGAUACCACGGCAUCAUCAACCAUCUCGACCGCGGGCCUGGCGACCACGUCCAGUAUGACGCCGGCCGCCGGGCACCAUUUGGUGCCGACCAAUCCGGAACUGCUGAGCGGGAAAAAUGCCGCUGCGUCCUCCCUCGUCGGGCGGGAGCAAAACAAGCCGGCGGCGCCGCAGGCGGUUGGCGGUUUUGUCGUGGCGAAGAAGGCGACAACAGAGGAGGAAAAAACGGAGAAGGUCGUCGAGGACGAGUGGGUGACCGUGGACACGAAGGCGAAGAAGGGAAAGACCAAGAACAAGACUACGACGCCGAACCAGCUGCAGACUGAGUCUCUGGUUUCCAGUCCGGCCGCAGCCACUACCCCGAAACAGGUGCUCGCGCAGCAGUCGGUUGCCGCCCCAGCGGUCACCAGAAGCACGGCAGUCAGCACGUCCGCUACCACCGGCGCAUCGAGUUCCCCGUCGCCAAGGCACGCGUUCGCUCCGGCAGGGAGGGUAGCAGGAGAAAUAAAGCCCGCGACGUCCUCAAAAGCCAGUGCAGAAGUGGAGGCUGUCGUUCCUGCGGCGCAGAAUAAAGAGAACAGCGCCUCCAAAGAGGAAGGACAACCCGCGGCGGCGUCGUGGGCCAGUCGCUUGAGUCAAAACAAGAAGGCGGAACAGAGUCCCAGUGUGACGACGAUGAAUACGGAUGCGACCCCCGUUACCACGACAACAGCAACCGCGAAUUUUGUCGCGCCGGCACCAGUCAGCAAACUCUCCGGUGCGGUGCGUGCACCGUGGGCGCCCAAGGUCGCGGAGGCCACGAAGCCAAUCGUCAGUGCGGUGUCCGCGAGUGCAGGUAGUAGUUCUCAACAACACCAAACCUCCGGCCCAUCCACGCCGCCGAAUGAAGCGACUAAGCCUGUGCAGGCUGCGACGCCCCUGGCAACCAAAGUCGAUCCUAUGCUCCCCAGCCCCGUGGAGAGUAUUCGCACGAAUCCCAGCAGCAACAUCGAGGUAGAGAGCAGCAGCGUGGUGGCGGCGAACAAGGUAGGAACAGGCAGCGAAAAGAUCGUAGUGGAAACCGGUUUCACGGAGAAGAUCGGAGCAGUUGCAAGUACCUCCACCGUCGCAACGACUUCGGCAGGAACGUCAGCGGCUACGUCGGUUACCGGUGCGGCAACUACGGUGACCGAUGCUCUUUCUGGUGCACCAGCUACGGGUAGUAGUAAAACGUCCUCGACGGCCGAGGCAGCGAAGCCAGUUCUUCCAGCGUCAUCGGCGAAAACCGUGACGGCCAGUCCGUCUCCUGCGCCGAACGCCAAACUGCCGUCUGGCCAGGUGAUCGGCGGCAAGAGUUACGCACCCUGGGCAAAGAAAGAAGCGAUCAAAGUCGAGCCCGUGAAGCCGGUGCUUCCAGCUCCAGUUCCAACAACGGCGGGUGUAAAUCAUGUCGAGGAGCCAGCGGCUAUCGCUGCUGCUGGUACAUCAACUGCAAAGGCAGCAGCUAGCAGUACGUCGAGCACGAGCAAACCGGCGGAGCAAGCAGUCGCCGAACUUCUUCCGAUUGACGACGACACGGAAUCUAGAAUACAGGGCGUGACCCUGUUCGAAGACGACAAUUCUUCCAGCAAAAAUUAUGGAUGUGUCAGAGUUGAAAUUGACAAAGUUGAAAUAAUUUGUCAUGCAUAAAGUGGAUGGCAGUUGGAACCCAGUAUCCAAGUGGCGCGUGACAAAUUUCGGCGGUCCCUAAAUCCAGUUAAAUGCUGUUUAGGCAAAGAAGAGUGAUUUUCUCAUGCUACUUUAGCAGCUCGAGCUGUAACCCCAAACAGGCUUACAAUCGGCCUCACUUGCCUGCUCUGCAACACACAUACCUCGGGUCAUGCAUUUUAUGCAUUACAGAUUAUUUCAACUUUGAGGAUCUGAAACCUGACGCUUCCAUAAAAAUGACGGCACGUCCACCGUCGCGGAGGACUACAGUGUUACCAUAUCAAAUGCAAAAAUGUCUGGGUCUGGAAGGAUGCAACUUGUGAUGCUACCUUUGGACUCUACAUAAAAUCUGUAUUGCAUGAACAGCAAAAGAGGUGUAAUUUGUGCUACGCGGAGAGGGCAUUUCUCAUGCGAUAUGAGCAUCAGGGACCCCUCGCAAAAUCUCUGAUACUAGGGCAUGCAUCACAGACCUCAUGGGUCAUGCAAAAUCUGCAUGACAAACUCCUGCAUUCUUCCAGACCCAGACAUUUUUGCAAUCCAUAUACCAACAGGGACAGCCAUUUGGAAAAGAAAAAGCGAGGAAGUCGGCGGGACAGCCAGCGCGGGCGCAGUCGCGCGAGCUCUUCCACCAACAUUGAGGCAGGCGCGGCGGACAAGGACGGAAAAUUCAACACCGUUCCGAACAGCGCUGCGCCGACGCCGAGUUCCAGUGCGAGCUCUGCUGGAGGCCGCGAACGCGGGAUGAGCAAGAAGGACGAGGCGGCCAUGCUGUUGCAGCAGAAGAGGCUCGAUGAGGAACGGAAGAAGGAACAGGAACGGCUUCGCAAACUGGAGGAAGAGAGAGUAAAGGCGUUGAAGCCCGACAACUUUCCCUCACUAGGAGGGGCAAAGCCCGUCGUUGCGACGGAGAAAAAACCGCAGGGCUUGUGGGGGCAGAAGAAGGUAUUAGCAAGUUCAUGAUCUUCUUUAGUACCUGGCCUUUGUACGGUUACGGUACAGAAGUUAUUCUCCCUGAAGAUUUCAAUGAUAUGACAAUGAGAUAGUACAAAACAGUACUAACAACUUCUUAUCUUUCACUGUCACCUACAUACGACUAGAACCAAAUGUAAAUCUUCGCCGCCCCUCCAUUGACCAUAUGCAAAUUUCGUGUCUUUUCAAUUUCAUCAGGAUUGGACGAGGUUAGACGAGGACAAAGCCGAACGGGAGAAGCAGGAAGCCGCCCGGAAGGCCGAGGAAGAAGAAAAACGCAGACAGGAGGAAGAAGCUAAGCGAUUAGAGGAAGAGAAACGACUUGCAGAAGAACGGUAUUUUUGCAUUGAUUCUAACUAUUGCUGGGGUCUUGAUCAUGUUCAUGUCUCAAUUCCAUCUUCCAGGUCAACAUGAUUCAUUUCACUUUUUUCUCGUCAAGCUCAAAGAAGAAGAUGUUUACGCCAGAAGAAAUUAAUAAUGGUCUGCCCUGCCCAGAUCGGACUCGCGAUCGCAAAGGUUUGUUUCGAUUCGCGGGUGAACGAGAACAAACAAAGGAUGAAAAUGAAACUGCAAGAAUGGCACGUUUUCAAAUUUCUGAUACGAAACGACACCACAGGCGCGUGAAGCGUGAGGAGGAGGAGAGACUACGAAAAGAGGAGGAAGACAGGCUAGCGAAGGAGGAAUUCGAGAGGCUAGAACGGGAGAAGGCGGCGCUGAAGCUGAAGCAAGAGCACGAAGAAAAGGUGCGACGGGAAAAGGAGGAGGCCGAGCGGAAACGGCAGGAGGAACUCCGGAAACAGCGGGAGCUCGAGGAGGCGGAAAGGAGAAAAGAGGCCGAGAAGAGGCGACUCGAGGACGAAAAGCUUGAAGCCGAAGCUCUGGAGCUGAAGCGCCUUGACGAGGAGCGCGAGCAGCGGCUCCGCGAACUGGAACUGCAGCGCGAACAGGAACGGAAAGCGAAGGAGGCGGAACUGGAGCGGAAAAACCGCGAGGCGCAGGAGCUACUCGAGAAGAAACAGAAGGAAGAGGCGGACAAACUACGCUUAGUCGAGGAAGAGGAGGAAAAAUACGAGCAAAACAAGAAGCGACUGAAGGCCGUCGAGAAAAAAUUGAAGAAAAUCGAAAUGAACGAAAAGUCGGAGAACAUCACGGCGGAGAUGCAGCAAGCCAUCGACGGAAAAGACGCCUUGCUGGAAGAGACAAAAGUCCUCGAGGAGCAGAUUGUGGAGCACGAAAAGAAGUUCAGCAAGAGCCCAACGAUUGGCAUCACGGGCCUGCGCUCCAAGCCCACGGUGGAGGGCAACCGGGAGGCAACUUACACGAGGGCAGACAUCCUGGCCUUGCGCCCGGCAAUCGGGGACAUGGAGGACAAGUCCGGUGCGGUGCUCGUGCCCCACGCAAGAAUGCCGUUGAACAGUACUAUCUAUAGAAGGCGUUGAUUUAUUGUUCAUUUUGUUUUAUUUGACGUUUUUCAUGUUGAUAUCGAGGCAGUCACUGGCAAAGAGAGCACUUCGAGAAAUUAUUGCGGUACUUAGACGCGUACUACACCUACGCGUAGAUAGUGCAUGAUCUAUCAUUCAACAACUACACGACCACAGACAACUCCGGGCCGAUGAAGAAUGGCAGUAUGAAUAAGCAGGGUGGUAACAAUUACGAAAACAACCGGAAUUCCAAUCACGGCAAGGGCGGUUCGAACCACCCCAGCAACAACAACUUUCGACGGAACGACUCCUCUAGCGAGGCGCUGCAGGACUGCUGGCGCCCACCGGCGGUGCAAUUGAAGUUGGGCGAGAACAGCUGGGCGCUGAGUAACAAAAAGAGAAAGGACCAGGACACGACUGCAGAGAGCGACGAGGACGCGGAAGUGCACAGGAAGUUGAAGAGUAUUUAACGACCUCACUUGAUGUUAUUUGUCAAACUAGCAAAGCCAGCUUCGCCUGGAAGUAGGCAUUAGAAAUAACGCAAAUGUCAGUUAGCAUCAUCGACAUCUAGAUAACAAAUCAAAAAGAAAAAAGCGCCGGCCCCAAAACAAGGCCGCGGCGCGCCCAAUGUGGUCGUCGCGGCUCCGGCGCGCCCAGAUUGGUCGCUCCAUUUCCGGCGCGCCCAGUCUGGUCGUCCCGGCUCCGGCGCGCCCAGAGUGGUCGCCCCAGCUCCGGCGCGCCCAGAGUGGUCGCCCCGGCUUCGGCGCGCCCAAUCUCAUCAACCCGGCGCCGAACGGCCGUUGGACAACUUCUGGCAGUCCGACGGCCGUCGGACGACUCUGGGUUGUCCGACGGCCGUCGGACGAGUUUCGGCUGUCCUACGGCCGCCGGACGACUUUCGGUUGUCCGACGGCCGUCGGACGACUUUUGGUUGUCCGACGGCCGUCGGACAAUUUUUGGCCGUCGGACGACUUUUGGCCGUCCGACGGCCGUCGGACAACUUUCGGCUGUCCGACGGCCGUCGGACAACUUCUGGCCGUCCGACGGCCGUCGGACGACUUUUGGCUGUCCGACGGCCGUCGGACAACUUUUGGCCGUCCGACGGCCGUCGGACGACUUUUGGCUGUCCGACGGGCGUCGGACGACUUUGGGUUGUCCGACGGCCGUCGGACAAUUUUUGGCCGUCGGACAACUUUUGGUUGUCCGACGGCCGGCGGACAACUUCUGGCCGUCCGACGGCCGUCGGACGACACUUGAAGUCGAAACUAAAACUCAAACUCCAAGUUGAUUCUAAAUCUCAAACUCGAAGUCGAAACUGAAGCUCAAACUUCAAGUUGAUUCUGAAACUCGAAGUCGAAACUGAAACUCAAACUCAAAGUCCAAGUUGAUUCUGAAACUCGAAGUCGAAACUGAAACUCAAACUCAAAGUUCAGGUUGAUUCUGAAACUUGAAGUCGAAACUGAAACUCAAACUCUAACUUAAUUCUCAAACUCAAACUCAAUGUUGAAACUCAAACUCAAUGUUGAGACUCAAACUCAAUGUUGAAACUCAAACUCAAACUGACAUUUGCAUUCUUUUCUGCCAAGGUAGUUAAUAUCUAUACCAUGAUAAGAUUUCAUACAAGAUACUGCCUUGUGCGGCUUUCGUUCUUUGCACAAUAACAAAGGCACAAGACCAGGUGGCAAAAAAGUUUGGUACUGUGGUGCAUGAGCCGCCGGCAGGGCACGAACACGAUCGAGUGCUGACACGAUCACGACAUUCACAUUUACUCCUAUUCUUGUAUUUGCAGACCCAGGAGCACGACCCUGACCUCCACAGGAGUGCUUAUCAAUCAGGCCAAUAUAAUUCUUGCGUCGAUGAUGAAAAACAAAAACAGGUCUCAUGAACAAGUUGACCGACAAGAACUUCGACUCGAUUUACGCGCAGAUUUCAUGUCUGAUCAAGAAGCAGCGGCACAUUGAGCAGCUGAUGAAGGAGGUUUUCGACAAGGCCACGACCCAGCAUUUUUUCCUCGACAUGUACACGAAAUUGACAGUGCAGUUGAACGAGGACUUGCGCGAGAAGUACGUGGCCGGGGAGAUCAUUUUUGAGGAGGGCGAGGAGCCGAAGAACUUUCGCACCAUUCUGCUCAACGACUGCCAGGAAACGUUCGGCGACAGUUUGGUCAACAGCCAGGAAUUUUCCAUUGAGAAAAUCGACGUAGAGUCUGACGAAUACGAGGCCUUCGUCAAGUACUGAUGUUUUUUUUUUUCAUAAUGAUAAUUUUCAUCCGUACCCUGUAACAGUAUAAGGUAAGUGUAAAAAUCUUCGGCGAUGAGAAAAGGACGAAUACGAAAAGAAGUAGACCAGGACACGAAAAAAUAUAAAUCGGCUUUCCAAAACCUCAGGAAAAAGAACACGGUGACGGGCAAUGUGCGGUUUAUCGCGAUGCUGCUGAAGGAAAAGAUGCUGGCAUCGAAAGUGUUCAAUCACAUCUGCGAGGAGCUCAUGUCUCCGCAGCCGCCGAAAUCUCCCGGUGACGAGAAGACCAGCGCCAGCGCCGCCGGAGGCGGUGGACAUAACGAGCUGAAACUGGAGCUGCUGGUGAUUCUGUGCGAGAUUGUGGCCGAUUCGCUGAUCCAAUCGGCAGCGGUGUGCGCGUUCCAGAGAAACAGUUUGUUUCCGGAACUUAUGGACCGGAGCAAAGACAAAAAAAUCAAACCGCGCUUGCGUUUCAUGAUUCAGGACUGCGUCGAAAAGAUGAAGAACGAAUGGUACUUCCAGGCGACGAACUGAAAACGCAAAGAAGAACUCCUGAAAAAGUCACUGAUAAAAAUGCGACAAGAUGAACAUCAAACACAAGCGUGGUCCUUAUCGAAUACGAGUAACCCUUCCUCCCGUGAAGAUUCUGCGAAACGGGAACCAGCUUCCCCCGGCUGUUGGGGUCCUUUCUCUACAGCGUAAAAAUCCUCCACCUCGACGACAGCGAAACACCACCUGCUCCUGCGUGUAAGUAAAAAAACUUCGACAAAUAAAAGGACUCCCUUCCAACGUUAAGGCCUCGCCAUCUGGAUACAGAAAACGGAUAAAAUUUAUCACGAAAAAUUAGAUGAAAAGAUAAUCGAACGAAUGCUGGGUGCUCGUUGACGAUGACAACAACGAGCGCCCAGCAACAUGAACUGAAAAUAGAGAAUCAACAUGAAUUAAAGACACAGUUUGUGUAUCUGGUUUUUUGAAGCAGAGUAAACUACAAACAUCAACCUCCUAAGGCAGAAGAAAAAAAUAGUAGGUACAUUUGAGGAAAUGCCCGUUCUUAUCGGCAGAGCAAUAGCCGAAGUAUGGAUAGGGUGUUUCCUGGUAAACUAUUCCAAAAGUAAAAUCGAUUCGACCUAUCUCGAACAAGUGUAGGAGAAGUAAACUAGUAAAAGAUCAUUUAUUACAUUUUAUGAACAAUCAUUUGUAUGAAUAUCUUGUAAACACAUAAAAAUUCGGUAGUGGACGCGGGGGAUGGACUUUGAGGUCGUGAUGUAUUCUAGUUUUUCCAUGGCUAGAAAUGUGGAAAGGCGCUGCCAAGUGUACUGCUCUAUCAAGCGGAACGGGAAUCCUGCUCACGACUGGUACCAUGGGCGCCUCGCCUUGUUCCAACGACAUGAGACGCGUUGGCUUGAGGGGCGCAGCAGCGACGGCGCAACAUCACAAUUGAAUCAAUUUUAUUCUUGAUGCACGGCAUCUACGAUGUCACAAGAUACAAGUUUCACAGGCGACAUUAGUAUUCCACGGGUGUAGAAGUUGAAGUACAAAAGCUUUUUUAUAGUCGAAAAAUGCACUUGCUUCUGCUUUCGACUUCGUGACUCCCGGAGGCGCGAAGGUGGUAGAAGCCGGAGAAAAACACUUCGAACCUAUCAGAAUGCCAACAUAAUAAGAUGGUCGCCCCGGAUACUGAGACUGAUUUCUCGAAAAAUGUAUUUUUCUGAUAUAAAGAGUUACAGGCUGAGAAUUCCCGUUCACGUUUCUUUCUUAGCAGCAACUACAGUUAUCGAAGAAAGUAAAGAGCAAAAGAACCCGCCUCGCACGCGAAACUUCGUAAUCAAGAAUACAGACCGAGACUGAGACCUCAACAUCUUUUUUUGACUGGAUAGAGCGGCCUCUCUUGAUUGUUGUCCAAAUUCAAGAAAAAGUCACUAUAUCCUCAAAGAACGACUGCGAUUUAGUAGAGCGAAAAGGGAUAUAAAGAUAGUACAACUAGCAGUUCUGCUUCUGCCCAGAACGCAAUCGCUCCCGACAGUAGAGGAGGCACGAUCAAAAAAAUGAAAAAUCGUCCCUCUUGCAAACCGCGUCUGUCAAAAGGGAUGCGGUAAGACGAGCAGACCUGUAGCUUUCUUACAUCCACAAGCCCGGAUCACCGAUACAAAACUCUCAAGAAUUCGAAACACCACAUUGUAUACAACCACUUGUCCUCGGGUCUUCAGCAUCUACUGCUACUACUCCGCAUAGGUCUAUUUCGAGCUAUAUGAUAGUGAGUACCUACUUUUGCCCCGCGACUGCUUUUUUUCAGGUGCACCGGAGCUGCAACAAUUGGCAUUGGAAGAAGACCUCGACGUCGACCCCAGAGGAAAUGCCUGAUGCUGUUGCCACUUUUGGAAAUCAAGCAUACCUGCUACGCCCCGUGCUCCUUCUCACAAGGAGCAGCAGGAGCUGCUGCCAAAUGUCCCCCCGUACUCCCCAACCCGCCUUGAUUCCUUUACUUUGGUAGAGCUCACGAAUAAAAGCGGCCCUUCUUCUCAGCUGUACCUUACCCCUUGUGAGUUCUUCUUUUUUUAUCCGUGCUGUCCAUUUUUUAACGAAGCAAGACCAAAAUUACGAGUCUGUAUAUUCGUAAUUGCCAAUCGUAUCACAUAAUCAUGAACUACAGCUAAAAUAACUUCUUUACGUAUCGAGCACAUGCGCAACUAGCAAAGAUAUUCAAUUCUCGCAAUCAGAAUUUUUAUGGCCAUUUCAGUUCACACCUACGCAGAAAUUCCC